AUGGAUAYCCARAYGGAMAYUAAGAUGAGGAAACAGUCCAUGAAAACCAAAUCUACAAAACGCAAAGAGAAGAAAUACAAAGCCGGGAAGCUUUUCAGYAGGAAAUCGUUGAAGUCCGUUGGGAAUUUUAUGAGCAGGAUACUGAAAACUUUGGGAACUUUGGCACACUUUGGCGACGUCGAGCCACCUGACGGUGAGGAUGAUGAUGGCGGGUUCAGAGACAGCGCCGCGUGCACGUUGAGUGCCAACUCAGGGAAUUUUAAUAAAGAUGAACUUCAYGUCUCGAGGGAGAUUAAGGUGAAGAAGAGCGCCUCAACUUUGUCUUCUCAUGGAUCUAUAAAAGACAGGCUGUCGUGGUGCUAUGGCGACAAAACUCCWGGAGUCCUUGGGUUGAAGAAUCAUGGAAACACUUGUUUCAUGAAUGCGGUGGUUCAGUGCCUCAGUAAUACGGACCUGCUGGCCGAGUACCURGGUUUGGAACAAUACAAGUCUGAUUUGUGUCAGGGGAGAGUAAACGGAAUUGUAAAAAACGAAGACGCUCAACUUGCCAGGGGUGAGGUGACCACACAGUUGGCAUCCUUGGUGCGGGCGCUUUGGACCCUUGAAUAUACCCCUCAACUGUCCGUGGAAUUCAAGAGUAUUGUGUCCAAGUACGGCUCUCAGUUCAGGGGGAACUCUCAGCACGAUGCCCUGGAGUUCCUGCUCUGGCUCUUGGACCGGGUCCAUGAGGAUGCCAACCCCACCACCAACAACAACCACAGCAGCAGCAAGACCAAAGCCAACGGAAAGCCCAGUGGCCUCCAGUUCCCGGCACCGCUAGAGGGACGCGACUAUGAGCCAUCCUGUGCGUGCUCCAGAGCCCUGUACGCAACUGUGGUGCUCCCCGCACAUCCGCGCCUGAGGUGCGUGCCCUCAGCCGAGAGUCAGCCCGGACCUGCAGAGUCCCUCAGCACCGGGACCCUGCAGACGUCCCCUCAGCCGGACCUGCCGAAGUCCCUCAAGGACCCGGACCUGCCCCAGUGUCCGCUUCAGCCCGCGGGGACGCUGCCCAGAGGUCCCUCAGCCCGAGGACCGUGCCGAGAGUCCCUCAAGCUUCGCCAGGAACCUGUCAAGAGUCCUCCAGGAUCCGAGGACCGCCUGCGCCCUUAUCUACGGGCCCGCUGGGGGAGGGGAGAGAGCCUGUCUCCGGCCCAGCAGCAGCACACCAGCCUGGGACGCGGCACAAGCUUCGUCCAGGACCACUUUCAGGCACAGUACAGGUCCUCCCUGACAUGUCCACUUGCCUUAAACAGAGCAACACCUUUGACCCCUUCCUCUGCAUCUCACUGCCAUUCCCUACGGCAAACCAGGUGUAUGAGUGUGACCCUGGUGUUCAGUACUAAGGGUCAGAGGUAUCUACGUGUUGGUCUGGCUGUGCCUCUCAUCGGCUCCAUCUCCUGCCUACGUGCCAUGGUUGCUGAGGAGGGCAAGACCACYCCAGACCAGGUGGUCCUGUCAGAGCUCUAUGCCACCGGCUUCCAGCGUUCGUUCUCUGACGACGACGAUCUGACCAGCAUUGCCGAGAGCGAUGUGGUCUAUGCCUUCCAGGCUCCGCCCCUCCACACACGGGGAGGCUCCACGCGAAUCUCGGGCUACAACCACAGCCUCCCAUCCUCGCCGUACACCUCAGGGCCAGAGGGUCAAAGGUUACCCCCAUCGACCACUCUGUCCUCAGAGUUUCUGAACCACGGUGGUUCCACCAAGGUCCUCCUCGUAAUCUGCAACACGGCAGGCUCUGGCCAGCAGGCUGUCAGGUUCGGCCCUCCCUUCCUCAUGAGAGAGGAGCGUACCCUGUCCUGGGACCAGCUCCAGCAGAGUAUCCUCAGCAAGCUCUAUUACCUGAUGCUGAACGGAUCACAGGCACAGAAUGCAGGGUUGCUGUUCAAGGUCAGAGUGGUGGGAGGAUCUGCCUCCUACAGCUACCUGUCCCCACAAGAUGGACGCCCUCUCUUCCACCCUGCCGUGGACAGAGCCCUGAAGUUAUGUGGCCCGGGAGGACCACCCCACGUGAAGCUGGAGAUUGAGUGGGAACACAAGAUCAAAGAAUGUCUGUUUGGUAACAUCCAGGAAGAGGUGGUGAAGGACUCAGAGAGUGUGAGAGUCCAGCAGCAGCAGCACCUGCAGCAGCACAGCUGUACCCUGGACGAGUGCUUUCAGCUCUACACCAAAGAGGAACAGCUGGCCCCAGACGACGCAUGGAAGUGUCCCCACUGUAAGCAGCUCCAGCAGGGCAUGGUGAAGAUGUCCCUGUGGACCCUCCCCGACAUCCUCAUCCUCCACCUCAAACGCUUCCGACAGGUGGGCGAGCGGCGCAACAAGCUGUCCACCCAGGUGCGCUUCCCCCUGGCCGGGUUGGACAUGGCCCCCCACGUGGUGAAGAGGUCCCAGAGCAUGAGGAACCUGGGGGACCUGGGACCCUGGCCCCCCACAUGGAAACAGCCUGAAGACAGCAGUCAUCAUAUUAGUCACCCAGACAUGGCCCUGCCUCCUGACUUCCUCUAUGACCUCUAUGCAGUGUGUAACCACCAUGGUGGGAUGCACGGCGGACAUUACACAGCGUACUGCAGGAACUCAGUGGACGGUCAGUGGUACAGCUAUGACGACAGCAGUGUGGACCUGGUGCCUGAGGAGGAGGUGUGUACCAGGGGGGCCUACAUACUGUUCUACCAGAGACGUAACGUCAUUCCCCCCUGGUCCGCCAGCAGCUCAAUCAGAGGCUCCACCAGUUCCUCCAUGUCGGACCACUGGCUGGUCCGUCUGAAUGGGGACAGUAAGAGGGGUAGUCUGGUGUCUCGCUCCUCCACCACCUGCCCCUCCUCUGUCCCCGACUCCCCAGAAUCCCCGGUCUUCCUUGAUGACCCGCCCAGAGAGGAGGAAGGUGGUUUUGAGACCAGGCCGUUCAUACGGGGCAUCCAGGGUCGUAGCGUCAGCAUGAGGACCCCCACUAAGAACAAAGAGACACUGAACAAGGUCCUACCGCUACGCUGGUCGUUCGGCUCCAAGGACCACCGAAAAAUUGCAGCCGAGGCCGCCCCUGCUCCCAUCCCCACCCCUGCCCCUGUGGAACUGGUGGAGUACCUAGAGUCUGGAAGAAGACCUCGCUGCACCAAGGACUCUAUAGUCAAUUUAAUGAUGGGCUCUGAGAGCCGUAAGGGUCCUGCCAUCAGCUCCCCCAGUGUGGGAAGCAGCCUGAACUGCAUGGGACAACCAGAGUCUCUGCAGAUGCCAGAGGGCCAGAGAAGACCAGUCACAGACAAGACAGGGAGUCUGAGACGAAGUAGCAAAGGGUCCCAGCAGCAGCAGAGAGACCAGGGGGAUCAGAGAGACCAGAGGGACGAGGGUAGGAUGGGCAGUAGUAGUAGUACUAACACUCUGACCAGGAGGAGUACCAAGAAGAGUAAGGAGAAGGACCAGGGAAAGCCCCAAGAGGCCCCGUCUAGGAGGGGGUCUAGUGCAGGCGUCCAGUCCAGCUCCAGCACCCACAGCCUCAGGGACAGAGACUGGGAAGGCACCCUGAGGAGAGGGGCCAAGGGCCWCCAGGYCCCACCACCAYGGGACRYUCUGGRACCACCCGAGGGAGAAAAGASKAGGAAYGGUGAGAAGGUAGAGGAGGCCUCCAAGAGCCACGAGGGGCUMCUGUCUUUCUUCAAGAGCAACUUCAAGAAGAAGGACAAGGAGURGUCAUCUUCUCGCAAGUSCGACUCUGGAAAAGUUGGCGACGUCYGCGGGUCCAGCACCUCRCGGCUGUCCCUGUCCAGUGGAGCCCCAGGKGGGGCCACGAAGACGGGYGAGGSGAAAUCCAARGGAGCCCCCCGCAACGGGGGWGCCAAUCGUCUCGGAGACGAGCUACCCAACGGUAAAGCCAGACGCGCCGCUGCUGCCGAUAUCAAACGCUCUCAGAGCUCAUCCAACAUCCCCAGCAAGGAGGAAUCUAGCAUGCGAAGGACCGCCUCUUUACACCGUAAAGGGCUGUCCCAUGGCGUGGCUCCGCCCCCUCGCAGCCUCACAGCCGAGAAGCCCUCCUACGGUACCCUGCAGAAGACUCGCUAUAGUACCAACUCACUGGGACGCAAGAGGACUGUCCCCGAGUCCAGCUUUUAG